AUGUCGUCCCUGGUAGAUGCGAUGAUGCGAUCAGAGGAACUUGGACCUCAGGAACCACGAAGCGAUGGCACAAGAGGAGGAAGACGGCAGGCCCGCUCUUCAUCUCGACCCAGGGGACCGCCUUCGGUCAGCACACCAGGAAUGCACAGCGACAUCGAAGGCUUCGCAGACGACGAGGUAGUUGGAAGGAGAGGAAACAGACCGAGACUACCAGGAGGGCAAGAUGUACCGCGCGUGGUGGAUACUACAGCAGAGACGCUUGGUAUACAGUUUGAGCGUUUCUUGGAGAACUUCACAGAAGACCCUACAGCAUCUGCGGCGCCAGCAUCGAGCGCCGUCACAACGAACAAGUACUACAUUGCACAGAUUCAUGGGUUGUGUCAAUUCAAGCUCUCCACACUAUAUGUCGACUUCACACAUUUGAUGGACCACGAACGAGGCAUCCUAGCCAACGCGAUCCAGGGCGACUUCUACCGGUUCCAGCCUUACAUGCUCCGCGCAUUGAACAACCUGAUUGCAAAGUACGAGCCACAAUACUACAGAGAGCAUAGGCAGCCUGGAUCUACGACAGCACGAACAGACACAUCUCUUGCAACACAGAGUCUGAGCGAAGAGGACAACCUGGGCGAUAAGACGCCGAACCAGCAGACGGACAAGAUCUUCACAAUUGCCUUCUAUAAUCUUUCGCUUGUUUCGAGAGUGCGACAACUCCGGACAGAGCAUAUUGGUCACUUGGUCUCGAUAUCAGGUACAGUGACCAGAACAUCCGAAGUGCGACCCGAAUUGCAUCUUGCAACCUUCAUUUGCGAAGUCUGCACCAGUGUUGUGCCCGACGUCGAGCAGAUCUUCAAGUACUCCGAGCCAACACAAUGUCCCAAUGCAACCUGCGGUAAUCGUCAAGGUUGGCGUUUGGAUAUUCGACAGAGCACAUUCAUCGACUGGCAGAAGGUGCGAAUUCAAGAGAACAGCUCGGAGAUACCUACUGGUAGCAUGCCUAGAACGAUGGACGUGAUCUUGCGAGGAGAGAUGGUCGACCGGGCCAAAGCAGGAGAGAAGUGCAUCUUCACCGGCACUUUGAUUGUGGUGCCAGACGUCAGCCAGUUCAAGGUGCCAGGCACAAGGGUCACCGCCAUGCGAGAUUCGCAAGCUCCUCGUGGUGGCGAUGUUGGGGGAAGCGGAGUUGGUGGUCUGAAAGCGCUUGGUGUGAGAGACUUGACCUACCGAAUGGCAUUCCUCGCCAACAUGGUCACACCAGAUGCCUCGACACAAGGCCAGACCGCCAACCAGUCAUUGAAGGGCCAGGCUGGAAACAUCCUCAGCUCGCUUGGUCAGACUGUCGAGAUUGGUGGAACCACUGGCGAGCAGGCACAACAAGAUUACCUGGAUACUCUUACGCCCGCUGAGAUCGAUGACCUUCGACAAAUGGUGCAGCAGAACAACAUCUUUAUGCGACUCGUAGACUCACUCGCACCUAUGGUCUAUGGUCACACUGUGGUGAAGAAGGGAUUGCUCCUCCAGCUCAUGGGUGGUGUCAGCAAAGUCACUCCGGAGGGCAUGGCUCUUCGUGGUGACAUCAACAUCUGCAUCGUUGGAGACCCCAGUACAAGCAAGUCGCAGUUCUUGAAGUACAUCUGUUCCUUCAUCCCAAGAGCAGUCUACACUUCUGGAAAGGCUUCCUCCGCUGCUGGUCUUACAGCUGCUGUUGUCAAGGACGAGGAGACUGGAGAGUUCACGAUCGAGGCUGGUGCGCUUAUGCUGGCGGACAACGGUAUCUGCGCUAUCGAUGAGUUCGACAAGAUGGACAUUGCCGAUCAAGUCGCCAUCCACGAAGCUAUGGAACAACAGACGAUCUCUAUUGCGAAGGCCGGCAUCCAAGCAACACUGAACGCGCGAACCAGUAUCCUGGCAGCUGCGAAUCCUGUCGGUGGUCGCUACAAUCGCAAAACCACGCUUCGAGCCAACAUCAACAUGAGCGCACCCAUCAUGUCUCGUUUCGAUCUAUUCUUUGUAGUGCUCGACGAGUGCAACGAACAAGUCGAUGAGCACCUCGCAAAGCACAUUGUCGGAAUUCACCAGCUCAAGGACGAGGCAAUCGAGCCAGAGUACAGCACCGAGCAGCUGCAGCGGUACAUUCGCUUCGCUCGUCUUUUCCAGCCUGUAUUCACGGAAGAAGCCAAGACAUAUCUUGUCCAGAAGUACAAGGAGCUACGAUCGGACGAUGCACAGGGUGGCAUAGGCCGGAACUCAUACCGCAUUACAGUUCGCCAGCUUGAGUCGCUCAUUCGACUCAGUGAAGCUAUUGCGAAGGCCAACUGUGUCGAUGAAGUGUCACCGAACUUCGUCGAUGAGGCCUUCAAGCUGCUGCAGCAGUCCAUCAUCAGUGUCGAGAAAGAUGACGUCGAGUUCGAGGAGGAAGACGAGAAUGCUGCAGAAGCUGGUGCUGAGGACGAGCCACAGGACGACGAGCAGAUGGACACCAAUGAGGAAGGCGCUGGUUCGGUCCGAGCAUCACAGACGCCUGCGCCUGCACCACGACCCAGAACGCAGAUCAAGUUUGACGAGUUUAUGAAGAUUCGAAAUAUGCUGCUUCGACGUGUGAACGAUGAUCAGAACACGGUGGAAGAUGGUGUCGAGGAAGAUGAUCUACUGGUCUGGUACCUUGAGCAGAUUGAGGAUUCCCUUGAGAGUCAGGAGCAACUCGAGACUCAGCGAUCACUGGCGAGGAAGGUGCUAAGGAGGAUGGUCAAGGACAACGUUCUCAUGCAGAUCCGCGGCGAGGGCCUCGCAGAUGAGCAGGGCGAAGGUCUCGAGCAGGACGACAAGGUGAUGUACGUGGUGCAUCCGAAUUGUGCAGUGGACGAGAUGUGA